UUAAGGCAAAUCCUAUUGGUCAAAUUCUAAUCUUUUUCACUUCGCAAGUUUACAAUUCUCGAUCUGCAUCGCUCAGACUGAUUUGGACCUCAGGUCUACUGUCGCUCAGAUCAAAACUUGCGAACGUUACAAGAGAACGUAAUAUUUUUAAGUAAAAAAACUUGUAGGACAUAAUACGGAAAGCCUAAGAAACUUGAAAAGAACAAAUGUGCCCAUGCAACUGUGAAUAACGUGCGAAUAUCGUCGUGCGACUGGUGCGUAAACCUGGAAAGACCUUAACACAUUCGUCGUACUAACACACGUCAUCAACAAUCUCCAUCAGUUUUUCACCGAGUGUUAAAUUUCACGCCUGUUGCGCGCUUUCACGACGCGCUUUCGUUUUUUCGGUAGCCACGAAAUGAGGCACGCAAAUUCAUUCACGUGACUUGAGACGCGCGAUCCUCAUACCUCAUUAGACGCAAAAAAAAAGGAAAGAGGGAGAGCGAGAGCGAGAGAGACGGCACCGCAGCAGCUGUAAAAAAAAAAGAUAACCUACGAUAUUCUGGCGAGGUUAAAGUCCAAUCGGUACGACUCGCGCGAACGUUCUGUCCAACACGAAUUUCUCAUGUCUUAUGUAAUAUAAGUCACAUAUUUACUUAGCUUCGUCGCGCGAGGUCUUCGUAAUAUUAUCGUAUUUUCGUGUAACGUUAAUCAUUUACCUUGAAUCAUGUCGCAUUAUGAGGAUGUCAUAAUGGAAGCGAAAGAGAAAGAAGAGAGUUUAUCAGUGGACUCGGUAAUAGGAGUGCGACAUCGUAUCCCAUGGAGUGAUCGUGUGCUACUAAAUAGUGAGAUACCUGGUUUACAUGAGGUUAAAGAAUUAUUGGACGACGACGAUGCAAGUUGCCUGGCAGAAGAGGAGGAUGGCGUUGGCUGUCCGUUGCCUUCAACGCCAGAAGACGACCAUCUUCUGGACUGUGAGAUGACUGAAGUGUUGAAGGCAGGAGUACUGAGUGAUGAAAUUGAUCUAGGUGCAUUAGCGCAUAACGCAGCAGAGCAAGCUGAGGAAUUUGUGCGAAAGGUAUGGGAAGCAUCGUGGAAACAGUGUCAUUUUAGAAAUCUGCCAAGAUGGUUACAAGAUAAUGAUUUCUUACACGCUGGCCACAGGCCACCGUUACCUUCGUUUUAUGUGUGCUUUAAAAGCAUUUUUCGAAUUCACACAGAAACUGGCAAUAUUUGGACACAUUUACUAGGCUGCGUUGCCUUUAUUGGUAUAGCUAUAUUUUUUCUAACACAGCCUCCUAUAGAAAUACAAUUGGAGGAGAAAUUGGUAUUUGGUACCUUCUUUGCUGGUGCUAUAAUUUGCCUAGGAAUGUCAUUUGCCUUUCACACAGUUCAUUGCCACAGCGAAUGCGUGGGAAAGCUAUUUUCAAAACUAGAUUAUUGUGGCAUAGCUAUGCUUAUUAUGGGUAGUUUUGUACCAUGGCUUUAUUACGGAUUUUAUUGCGAUUAUCAACCUAAGCUAAUCUAUUUGUCUGUGGUGGUUGUCCUUGGUAUAACCAGUAUCGUAGUUUCGCUAUGGGAGCGAUUCGGCGAACCAAACUAUCGUCCGCUUAGAGCUGGAGUUUUUAUGGGUUUUGGACUUAGCGGGGUAAUACCAGCUGUACAUUACGCUGUGGCCGAGGGUUGGUUCAAGGCAAUUAGCCAAGCAUCUCUCGGAUGGUUGAUACUGAUGGGAUGUUUGUAUAUAUUAGGCGCGUUAUUUUAUGCUUUAAGGGUACCUGAACGUUUUUUCCCAGGAAAAUUUGACAUUUGGUUUCAGAGUCAUCAAAUCUUCCAUGUAUUAGUAAUUGCAGCUGCUUUUGUUCAUUAUCAUGGUAUUACGGAAAUGGCAAUGUAUAGAAUGACAAUAGGGGACUGCACAAAUCCAUCGCAGGUGUUGGCUUUUUAAAUCUGCGAGUGUGUAUAUCUUCAUCUUGUUGAUAACUUUCAUAUGUCAUUAAUCUAAAGAAAGACUUCACGAAGAUUCCUAAAUCUUACGCCAGCAUAUUUAUGCUGUUGAAAGAUACGAUAAAUCUGUAAAAAAUAGAAUGGAUAUAUUUAUAUACAAUUCCAGGUUUUUGUUAGAAUAUAUUUUAGAGAAUAUGUUGCUUAUUUAUUUAUCAAACAGAAGUAAACUUAUUUUACUAAUUUUAAAGCUAGAAGUUACUUUUUGAAGAUGUCUAUAUUAUUGCUAGUGGUUUGAUAUUGUUAAAUAUAUUUAACAGCUUCCUUUAAAAUCAAUGCAACUUGGAACUUAUAUUGAUAUGUGAUUGAUAUACUUCUUUACGAUUUAACAAGUUAAUUAUUAGCAAACUUUAUACAUGUAUAUACACAAGAGAUUUGCGUAAUUAUGUUGAGGUAUAGUAUUUAAGUUAGUUUUUUAAAUUUUCUGUGAAUAUGAGAUGUGAAAAUUUACAUAUCAUUUUAAAAGAUUUAAUUUGGAUACUGUAAAUGUGAAAUGGAAUUCCAAUAGAAAUGUACAAUAUGUAAGCUUAAAUGGCCAUGUAUUACUUAUAUAUUCUUAGAUUUUGGAAAUUAUCUUUAAAAUUAUGUAAAUAUUUAUAUAUCUUAUCACGUAAUUGUUUUUUCUUUAUUCAUAUUUGUUUACAUAUGUUAUAGCUAUAGCAAGAUAAUACAAAUUAAAUUAUUAGUUAUCAUUAAAAGAAUUUAUCAUUGAACGUUUUUGGGUUACUAAAAAUAUUUACUAAAAAUAUUUAUGCAUUUUUAGCGUUUUAAUAAAAAAAAAUGUUUUGUUUUAAUGCAAAAUUUAUUUUAUAUAUUAUAAAUAUGCAAGAGUAUACAGAUGAAUUACAGACUAUAGGCAACGAAAAUGAAACGUAUGUAAGAUUUAGGAACCAACCGUUACUAUGUGAACGAUUUUGUAGCAUAAAAUCUAUACUAUAUUUUGAACAAAGUCAUUGUUAAAUAUAUGGAAAUUUGUUUAAUAUAUAUACUCUCAUUUUAUAUAUAUAUAAAUUAUAUAUGUAUAUAUAAAAUAUGUAAUGACUAAUCUAAUUUUUUCAAAUGCAUUUCUUAUUUUCCAAUUCAUAUACCGUAUUCAAAUUUCAUAAUAUACGGACUUCUGAUAAUAUUUACAUAUAUAUCAGAUGUAUUAAAAGAAUUUUAUAUGUAUAAAAGGAAGGAAAGAAGGAUGAUCUUUGAAUUAAACAUGAUUGACUUAUAUC